AUGCUCACUUCCCCUUGUGGGCGUUCUCUACUUACCACCACCGCGCGCGUCUAUGGUUCCCCGCCCACGACAGUCCUCCAAAGGUUUCUCCGCAGGCGCAGAGCCGCAUCGGCGUUCCUCCAAUCCGCAGCCCUCAGAGGGAGUCUUGCCACUCCUCCCGCGGCUUUAUUUCAGCGCAUGCGCUCUGGCUGGCUCUCGGUAACAGCUGUAGAGAAAGUAUAUCGCUCUGUUCCAGGAAGCUACGGCUCUGAAGAGAUCCUGCCUCCCACCACCGUGAUGACUCUGGUCAACCUCUGCCUCCUCCUGGCUGCUCUUCUGGCCAGAGUCUCCUGCCUGACCUGCGAGACCUGUAUCAGCCCUGGCGAAGGCUGUUCUGGUUUGUCUCAUCCUUGUGGAGCGAAUGAAAACACCUGCCUUACCAUCGUCGGAAUGAACUCUUUGGGUGGCGGUGAUACCGUGGAGACCCUCAAGACUUGUAUUGCUGCUGCUGAUUGCUAUGCAGGUUCCAUCAGCAUCACCACCAAUGGCGGGAUACACCUACAGAGCGUCUCCAGCUGCUGUCAGGAUGACAACUGCAACCGCUGGGAGCUGAAUUUGCCACCUAUGAACCUCACCUCUAAUGGGUUGCAGUGCCCUGUAUGUUUUGCAUUUGGUUCUGAUCACUGUGAGGGAACUGAGACUCUGAGCUGCACAGGAGUGGACAAUCAUUGUAUCACAGUGUCUGGGAUGCUGAAUGCAGGUGGUCUUCCCUCCCUCUUCACCGCAAGGGGUUGCAGCACGGAGACUGCCUGUUCCCUGCCCCUGGGGAUGGGCCUCUACUCUGCAGGAGUCCUCUUUAAGCUCAACCAGGUUGUGUGCAACCCAGCGUUGAAGGCCAGCCGCACCUGA